GUCUCAACACCCCCAGGCAAUCCAGGAGAUGGUAUAUAAGGGCUUCUGGCUCAGAAGUCCUCAGAUCACAGGUCCCCACCUCUCCUCUUUGUUGAUCCACGUUCAUCUCCCUGCCCAAAGGAUGUCCUCCAGCCAGCAGCUCAGCUCCCGCUGCUCCCCACCCUGCAAGAUGGCCUGCCUGCAGCCCAUCACCAACGCCUGGAACCAGCCCUGUGUCACCUCCUGCGGGGACUCGCGUGCCGUGGUCUACCCACCACCCGUGGUCAUCACCUUCCCAGGCCCCAUCCUCAGCUCCUGCCCUCAGGAGAGCUUUGUGGGCACCUCAGCCCCACUGGGGCUGGGCCGCCCCAGGGGCCUGCAGGGCUCCCUUAUCUAUGGGGGCUCCUUGUCCUCCUCCAGCCAGCUCUGGAGCCAGCGCUAUGGGGGCUGUGGGCCAUGCUAAGCAUGGCAGAAGGUGUGGAUGCCAAGAGAAACAGCGAGGGAACUGAUGGCAAGACACGGAUGUGCAACUGAGCUUAGGAGCACAGCUCUCUGAAGCAGUGGGAACCUAUGGGUGCUGCUCAGCACCCAUGGGAACUGCUCUUCUGCUUGUCCUUCUUAUGUUCUUUUUUUUUUUUUAUGUCAGUUUUCUCAAAAUGUGUCUUUUCCAUUCUUAGAAACCAAAUUACUGAUUAUGCAAAAAUUGUUUCUCACUGUUAGAGCACUAAAGCAGUAGUGUCACUCAAAACUGGUCCAUUUAUGGUUUUGUUUGUUUGGGACCAUGAAUUUUUUUCUUUGGUAGUUUAUAUCAAUACCCAUAUGUCUAACAGCAAAGAUCCACAGAUGUCACCUUGCAGUGUGAUUUGUCCAGUCCAUUUGAAACUUUAACCAAGAAAGCAGAACAAUGUACUGAAAAUAAAUCAGUUUGAUGCAGACUAUUAAGUUGGCCCUUUAUUAAAACACUGAGUCGAUCUUGUGUUUUUCCUUUGCUUAAAACGUACACUUUUUGUUCUCAAUAAACACUUAUGAAU